GCGGAGACCCCGGCAGGAGCCCAAGGGCAGCUACGGGGCCGCAGAGGCCGCGGGCUCCGCCUGGGCCAGCCCCUCCCGCGCGGAUUCCCUCAAACAGGUUCCACAGCCUUAAGGAUGACAGUCCUAGGGCACCUUCGAAGUUGGAACUGCCAGUGGUUGCUAUUCCUAAUGCUGCUGCUGGGCACAGGCUACGAGCCAGGAGUGGAAGGACUGACACACUACAAAGCUGGAGACCCUGUCAUUCUUUAUGUCAACAAAGUGGGACCCUACCAUAACCCUCAAGAGACCUACCACUACUAUCAGCUUCCAGUCUGCAGCCCUGAAAAGAUACGUCACAAAAGCCUUAGCCUGGGUGAAGUGCUGGAUGGGGACCGCAUGGCUGAAUCUUUGUACGAGAUCCGCUUUCGGGAGAAUGUGGAGAAGAGAGUUCUGUGCCACAUGAAGCUCAGUUCUGCACAGGUGGAGCAGCUGCGCCAGGCCAUUGAGGAACUGUACUACUUUGAAUUUGUGGUGGACGACUUGCCCAUCCGUGGCUUUGUGGGCUACAUGGAGGAGAGUGGCUUCCUGCCUCACAGCCACAAGAUAGGACUCUGGACCCAUUUGGACUUCCACCUAGAAUUCCAUGGAGAUCGAAUUAUAUUUGCCAAUGUCUCAGUGCGGGAUGUCAAGCCCCACAGCUUAGAUGGGUUACGACCUGAUGAGUUCCUAGGCCUUACACACACUUACAGUGUGCGCUGGUCUGAGACUUCAGUGGAGCGUCGGAGUGACAGGCGCCGUGGUGAUGAUAGCGGUUUCUUUCCACGAACAUUAGAAAUCCACUGGUUGUCUAUUAUUAAUUCCAUGGUGCUUGUGUUUUUACUGGUGGGUUUUGUGGCUGUCAUUCUCAUGCGUGUGCUUCGGAAUGACCUGGCUCGGUACAAUUUGGAUGAGGAGACGUCCUCUGGAGGGUCUGGUGAUGACUUUGACCAAGGUGACAAUGGCUGGAAAAUUAUCCAUACAGAUGUCUUCCGCUUCCCUCCAUACCGUGGUCUGCUCUGUGCUGUGCUGGGCGUGGGUGCCCAGUUCCUGGCCCUUGGCACCGGCAUUAUUGUCAUGGCGCUGCUGGGCAUGUUCAACGUACACCGUCAUGGGGCCAUUAACUCAGCGGCCAUCUUGUUGUAUGCCCUGACCUGCUGCAUCUCUGGCUACGUGUCCAGCCACUUCUACCGGCAGAUUGGCGGCGAGCGCUGGGUGUGGAACAUUAUUCUCACCACCAGUCUCUUCUCUGUACCUUUCUUCCUGACGUGGAGUGUGGUGAACUCGGUGCAUUGGGCCAAUGGUUCGACACAGGCUCUGCCAGCUACCACCAUCCUGCUGCUUCUCACGGUUUGGCUGCUAGUGGGCUUUCCCCUGACUGUCAUUGGCGGCAUCUUCGGGAAGAACAACGCUAGCCCCUUUGAUGCACCUUGUCGCACCAAGAACAUCGCCCGGGAAAUCCCGCCACAGCCUUGGUACAAGUCUACUCUCAUCCACAUGACUGUUGGAGGCUUUCUGCCUUUCAGUGCCAUCUCUGUGGAGCUGUACUACAUCUUCGCCACAGUAUGGGGCCGGGAGCAGUACACCCUGUAUGGCAUCCUCUUCUUUGUCUUCGCCAUUCUGCUGAGCGUCGGCGCGUGCAUCUCCAUUGCGCUCACCUACUUCCAAUUGUCUGGGGAGGAUUAUCGCUGGUGGUGGCGAUCUGUGCUCAGUGUUGGCUCCACUGGGCUCUUCAUCUUCCUCUACUCAGUUUUCUACUAUGCCCGGCGCUCCAAUAUGUCAGGGGCGGUACAGACCGUAGAGUUCUUUGGCUACUCCUUACUCACUGGUUACAUCUUCUUCCUGAUGUUGGGUACCAUCUCCUUUUUUUCUUCCCUAAAGUUCAUCCGGUAUAUCUAUGUUAACCUCAAGAUGGACUGAGUUUGGGGUGGCAAAACUAUUGCUCUUCUCUCCCGAUCUUCACACACUAUUGAUCGCUUACCAGCUCGUCUCACCGAAUGACUGAAUUGUGUGAUGGCACUGUAGCCUUCCCACCGUGGUCUGGGCCUCCCUUCCCCAGAGAGGGCCUGGAAACCAAAAAUCUCUAUUAUAUAAGGAGUAUAUAUUUGAACUUUUUAAGUUGCCUUUAGUUUUGGCCUUGACUUUUCAUUUUACAAAUACCAAAAUAAAAUUUAUUAAGAAAAAGG